AUGGCUCCUCCAACAAUUGGGCGAAAGUCCAAACCCUCGGGAAGAGGCGGUAAAAAUGACGUCCGCUCCCUGAAAAGAAAACGCGACGUCGAAGACCAUAUCAAGCUUCAAAAAGCAGUCGAAGAGCUGGACCCGAAAGCGGAAACAAAAUCUUUCUCCGACCUCCCCCUUUCCGAGCCCACAUCCAAGGGCCUCGAAGCAUCGCAUUUUAAAACCCUCACAGACAUCCAAUCGAAAUCUAUACCCCUUGCGCUGAAAGGAAAGGACAUCCUCGGAGCAGCAAAGACAGGAAGCGGGAAAACACUUGCUUUUCUAGUACCGGUACUGGAAAAUCUGUAUAGGCAGAAAUGGACAGAAUUCGACGGGCUAGGAGCUUUGAUUAUAUCACCAACUCGCGAACUCGCAAUCCAGAUCUUCGAAGUUCUACGCAAAAUCGGACGGUAUCAUACUUUUUCCGCAGGCCUUGUUAUAGGCGGGAGGAGUCUACAAGAGGAGCAGGAACGGUUGGGGAGAAUGAAUAUCCUUGUUUGUACACCAGGACGAAUGCUGCAGCAUAUGGACCAGACUGCUGCUUUCGAGAUCGAUAACUUGCAGAUGCUGGUUAUGGAUGAAGCGGAUCGGAUUAUGGACAUGGGCUUCAGCAAAGCAGUCGACGCUAUUGUGGAACAUUUGCCGAAACAGAGACAAACCAUGCUAUUUAGUGCUACGCAGACGAAAAAGGUGUCGGAUUUGGCGCGGUUAAGUCUGAGGGAUCCGGAAUAUGUUGCUGUUCACGAAGCGGCGGCCAGCGCUACUCCGACGACGUUGCAGCAGUAUUAUGUGGUCACGCCGCUUGCGGACAAGUUGGAUACGCUGUUCAGCUUUAUAAGGUCGAAUUUGAAGGCGAAGAUCAUCGUAUUUUUGUCGUCGGGGAAGCAGGUGCGGUUUGUCUACGAGAGUUUUCGACAUUUACAGCCGGGAAUCCCUCUUAUGCAUCUUCAUGGUCGACAGAAGCAAGCAGCGAGAUUGGAUAUCACGGCGAAAUUCUCAUCUUCGAAGAAUUCUUGUAUAUUUGCUACGGAUGUUGUUGCGAGAGGUCUCGAUUUUCCCGCUGUUGAUUGGGUUAUUCAACUAGAUUGUCCGGAAGACGCAGAUACCUACAUUCAUCGAGUUGGCCGCACCGCUCGGUAUGAGCGAGCUGGGAAAGCAGUCUUAUUUUUGGACCCCAGCGAAGAAGAAGGCAUGUUGAAGAGAUUGGAUCAGAAGAAAGUUCCGAUCCAAAUGACCAAGCCCAGGUCGAAGAAACAACAGAGUAUCAAAGACCAGCUGCAAAAUAUGUGUUUCCAGGAUCCCGAAUUAAAAUACUUGGGCCAGAAAGCAUUUGUCAGUUAUACACGAUCGAUCUAUGUUCAGAAGGACAAGGAGAUAUUUACGAUCAACAAUUACGAUUUGGAAGGUUAUGCAUCAAGUAUGGGCCUUCCUGGUGCGCCCAAGAUUAAGUUUCAGAAAGGAGAUGAUUCGAAAAAGAUCAAAAAUACCCCACGAGCAUUAUUGUCCAGCGAUGAAGAUAGCGAUGUCGAGGCUGGGAGUAAGAAGCCGAAGAAGGGCGAGGUACGGACGAAAUAUGAUCGAAUGUUUGAGCGCCGCAAUCAAGAUGUGCUUUCGGGUCAUUACUCCAAGUUGAUUGCCGAGGACGAGCCUGAACGGCCAGAUGAUGGCUUGGUUGAUGCUGAUGAGGAUAACGAUUUCUUGUCGGUGAAAAGAGUUGUGCCUAUGGAUGAAGAUAGCUCCGACGAUGAAGAAGUGGCUUCUGGACCUGUGGCAAAGGUUAUAUCGGGUAUUGGUAGGGAGCCAAUCGUGGUAGACUCGAAACGACGAGAAAAGUUACUCAAAUCUAAGAAGAAGCUACUCAAGCUUAAGGAGAAGGGACAGAAAGUGGUAUUUGACGAAGAUGGUGUGGCGCAUCAAAUGUACGAGUUGGAAGAUGAGGACGAUUUCGCUCGGAGAGGAACAGUCGAGGCUCAGAGAGCCAAGUUCUUACAGGCGGAGACUGCGCGGGUUCAAGAGGCAGACCUUGACGACAAGCAGCUGGCAAAGACAAAGAAAAGAGAGAAGCGUGAGAAGAAGAGAUUACGAGAAGCAGACGAGAAGGCCGGUAUUGUUGAUGGAGAAGCUCUGGAAUUGGCGGGUGACGGCGGAGAUCCAUUGGCUCUACUUGCCUCCUUACCAUUGGAUGGCGAGGAGGAAGCUCCAACGGUAAAGAGACCGAAGAAGUGGUUUGAGGAUGAUUCGGACCAAGAAAGAGAGGCACCGAAGAAGAAGAGACGACUUAUCGAAGCCGAAGAUGAGCCCGAGACGUUGGAGGAUCUCGAAGCUCUUGCAGCAGGUCUUCUUCAAUAG